AAUAACCGGAGAGAACAAGCAAGGAUUCCAAAACAUCUCAGACAAAGUUCUCUGAGUUUUCUUUGCCAUCAAGGUUAUUUCAGUCCUGAAAAUGUCUCUGAUUCCAAGCUUCUUCGGCAACCGACGCAGCAACGUCUUCGAUCCAUUCUCUCUCGAUGUUUGGGACCCUUUCAAGGACUUCACUUCCUCUUCGUUGACGACACGAACCCCAGAGACAUCGGCAUUUGUCAACACACGGAUCGAUUGGAAAGAAACCCCUGAAGCUCACGUGUUCAAGGCCGAUGUUCCUGGGCUUAAGAAAGAGGAGGUGAAAGUGGAGGUCGAGGACGACAGAGUGUUGCAGAUAAGCGGGGAGAGGAAGGUGGAGAAGGAAGACAAGAACGACACGUGGCACAGGGUGGAACGGAGCAGUGGGAAGUUCACGAGGAGGUUCAGGCUGCCUGAGAAUGCCAAGAUGGAUCAGAUCAAAGCUUCCAUGGAAAACGGUGUGCUCACUGUUACCGUUCCGAAGAUGGAAGUUAAAAAGCCUGAUGUCAAAGCCAUAGACAUUUCUGGCUAAAAAAAUAUUCUACUUAAACAAAAAUAUUACUCUGUUUCAAUCUUAUGAGUGGGCUUGUCUCUGUCAGAUUAGAGUUUUCUACUAUCAAACUUAUGUUUAUGUAAGUGUGCGAAAUGAAGAUUGUCA